UGCAGCUCACACCUCGGCCCGGCUCCUUCGCCGAUUCAACGAGGCUGUCGCUGGAACCGGCUCCUGCUCAGUUUGGGCCUGAUCCACGGCUCCCACCUUCCUCACAGCGUGUGUGGUACCUCCGUGGGCUUUGGGUCAGACCCUGUGCCACAGCCCCAGCUGGGUCACCCUCUGCUCCUCGCUGGGUGGGCGGUUGGGGUUCCUCUUGUAGUGGUGCAUGGCUGUGGCCCAGAGAAACCACGCACAUCAGAUCAAAAUGAACCGGGAAACCAGCAGGACGUCAGAGGAUUCUGAAUGCUGACUGAAAUGGAGAGCAGUUCCUCACUUGUGGUGUUUCUCCUACUGAUGUGCUCCAUCAACAGCAGCUGUCCCUUUUCAUAUUCAGUGUUUCUGAGAAGAGAGGAAGCACACAAGGUGCUGAGAAUCCAUAAACGUGCUAACUAUUUUCUAGAAGAGAUUCGUCCAGGGAACUUGGAGAGAGAAUGCAAUGAGGAGAAGUGUUCGUUUGAGGAGGCGAAGGAGAUCUUCCAUUCGCAGGAGAAAACGAUGGAGUUUUGGUUCAAUUACAAAGGUUUAAAUCCAUGUAUUACAAAUCCCUGCAACAAUGGUGGAGUCUGCAAAAUAAGACACUACAAUUACUUCUGCAUCUGCCCCCCAAAAUUUGGAGGAGAAAACUGUGAAAAAGAAAAGCUGGAAUGCUGGUACCGGAACGGGGGGUGCUGGCAGUACUGCAGGGAGGGCAGCGGCGCCUUUCAGGUGGCGUGUUCCUGCGCCGGGGGUUACCGCCUGCACGAGGAUGGGAAGAGAUGUGUCCAAGCAGCCCCGUUUCCCUGUGGCCUGGUUAAAGCCCGGCUGGCGCUGGAGGACGCGCGGCUGGGCCAGAAACCGCUCCCGAGGGGCCGGCGUGAGCACGGGGCCGACGUGGCCACCUGGGAUGAGAGCACAGAGGGCAGAGUUGGGCAAAUGGAGCUGGAACAAAGCCAUGGUGGGGAAAAUGAGACCACCUUUGGGCAGAGCGUGCACCUGGAGGGGGACACUGAGGUGGCAGGAGGUGCUUCCAGCUGGAACGAGACUCUGGAGGACUGUGUCACCCAGAAGCCGGUGGGAGAUGGUGGCGCAGGGCAGGAGGGGGGUGUCCCCAAGCAGGAGGAGGCAGGGGAGGGGACAGCCAGGCCUGGGAGUGACCCGACCCCAUGGAGUGACCCGACCCAGGGCCCUGCGUGGUGGAACCAGACCACGGUGCCCACGGCCAGGCAGGAGGAGAGAGUGGAAAACGCCGCUGGGCAAAACCAGAGCAGCCGUGAUAGGCUCCGUGAGAGCAGCGACCGGGGGAAUGUUUCACACACACCUCAGCUCACCCCGAUAAACGGCAGCUCUGCCUCGGAGCAGAACGGCGCCAGGAUAACGGGAGGAACCUUGUGUCACCGUGGACAUUGCCCCUGGCAGGUUUUGAUCCGGAACAGCAAGGGUGUUGGUUUCUGUGGCGGGAGUUUGAUCAGCAGCCGCUGGGUGGUCACAGCUGCGCAUUGCCUGGACCUUGUCAGCCCACACCAUGUCACCCUGGGAGACUUUGACAAGUACCAAAGAGAACUCAAAGAGCAGAAGAUCGGUGUGGAGCGGAGCUGGACGCAUCCCCAUUACGACUCCAACGACUACAACGGUGACAUCGCCCUGCUGUACCUCAGCAGUGACGUCGUCUUCAACGAGUACGUGCUGCCCGUCUGCCUGCCCAGCCCCAGCCUGGCCACCCUGCUCUCCCAGGAGGGGCGGGUGGGGAUGGUGAGUGGGUGGGGGGCCACCCACCAGAGGGGCUCCACUCUGCGCUUCCUGAUGAAGGUGCGGUUGCCCAUCGUGAACAUGGAGACGUGUCAGCGCUCCACGGACAGACUGGUCACCGACAACAUGUUCUGUGCCGGUUACGGCAGCCAGGCCGCCGACGCCUGCAAAGGGGACAGUGGUGGCCCUUUCACCAUGUCCUACCACAACACCUGGUUUCUCCUGGGCGUGGUGAGCUGGGGCGAGGGCUGUGCCCAAGAAGGAAAAUACGGGGUGUACACCAGAGUGUCCAACUACCUCCCCUGGAUCAAAGAGACUGUUGAAAGUGUAGCCGCGUCGGAAAACUUUUCCAUUAAUUUUUCUUAAUACUGAAUUUAAAACCAGGGACAAUUCUGUUGUUACAGGGUGUUUCAGUCUAAGACACUAAGCAGUUCCUGCCAUUAACGCUGUGAAAUCAAGAAAUUGAGUCAAUUUACAAUGAAUGGUUAAAUUGUUCAUUCAAGUAUUACUAAAAUACUCGUGUAUAAUAAAAAACUAGUCUGCAAAUAACAAAAGGCAACAACUACACCUUUUCCUAAUGUAAAUUCCUAUCAGAAAUUUGGUAAUUUUUUUUUUAGAGAAGGAAAAAGCUUUCCAUUUCUCAAGCCUCCACACCUAUCACCAAACAGUGUGUGAAUGAGUUGCUUGGAAAAGGACCAGUGUUUCUGGUACUGGUGUCUGUCUUCUAGUUGUGAAACACCGUGACCACAGCAGUUUUGUCACCAAGUAGAACUGUUACCUCCAGUACAAUUAAUUUUACUAGAAUACAGUUGUCUCCUAAUACAAAACCAGCACCUGUAAGGCAAGCUGCCCUGGAGAAAAUGUCUGUGCAGGAAUGCCCAUGGCUGCAGCUGGAGAAGCCUCAGAGAAUUGUGAAAUAAAUAAGUUACUGGGGAGGGGGA